AUGUCAUCGACCUUGGCGACAAUCAUGGCGGAACUCGUGCAAAUAGCACCGCGGCUCCAAGACUAUGAACCAAAUGACGAUACGUGGCAGCAGGCAGAAAAGAAGGCGCUAUAUGCUCGUGAAUAUGUGGAAACACUCGUACGAUCACCAGAGGGAGUAGCGCAAUUACGAGGUCGUGGCGUCUUACAGGACAUGAAGAGUCUUGUACCAGAUGUCACACGGGAAGAGAUUGCAGAACUGAAAGUAUGUGAUUUUGUACUGGGCAUGAUAUUUGAGAAACCCUUUGGUAUAUUUCAGCAAGUGUAUCGUGGGUUUGGUGCGGAGUAUGCAAAGGAAUUGUCCAGUGAAGCUCGCAAGAGCUCAAAUAUCAUCAAAUCUUCCUAUGUUUACGGUGAAAUUCUAUUCUUCCCGUUUGCCGAUAUCAUCCGCUGGGUAGCUCCAUUCCUGCCCAAGUUUGCUAUUUUCUAUGACCUGGGAUCUGGUACUGGUAAAGCAGUGAUCGCGGCAAGUUUGGUGCAUCCGUUUGAUCAGGCCAUAGGAAUUGAGUUGCUUGAGCCCCUGGUUCGCUGUGCUGAGAAGCGUAAGGCUGUCUUGGACAAGCUCAAGACUCCGCUUUUGCAGACGGACAUUGACUUUAUUACAGGUAGCCUGCUGACGUCGAAAUGGGUGGAUGGUGACGUCGUGUUCUGUCACGGCACGUGCUUUGACGACAAAGAAUGGACUCAGAUUUCUCUAGCAGCAGAGAAUCUCAAGCAGGGCGCGUUUUUUAUCUCGACAACGCAUGUAUUGCGCACAGGACUGUUUGAAGUGUUUAAGAGCGGCAAUUUUACGAUGAGCUGGGGAGUCGCUACUGUCUAUAUCCAUCGCCGGCGCAAAAUUGGCCGCUGGGCCGCUCAAAUGCUGCGAGGUGGUCGCUCCGCACGCACGGACCUCGUACAGCGCUCUCCAGCACCACAGAUAGAGCAGAAAGAAGAAGGCCUGACAACUCGUGCGAGCAAUGAUACCAGCAAAGGCAAUGAAGACGGAAUGAUUAUCCAGAAUGUAAACCCCACGUAG